UCGUAUAAAAUUUAUACGAGGUAUUAGAUAUUUAGAAAUAAAGUGCUCCUCCCGCUUGGUCUGCUUUCUGAAACCAUCCGCCGGCCCCUUCCGACGAACGGAACUUCAUUGCCAGGCUUCACGCCCUCUGACUUCUUCUUCAGCAAAAGUACGUACCUGUAUUCUCGAGGCUUCAGGUUCAGUCACAUGGAGGAUCAGAGGUUGACACAGCUACAUCCUGGGCCGUUAGACCAUAGCGUACUGACAAGACAAAACCAUCACAGGUCGAAGGACGUAUGGAAUGGUGAGGUGGAAAAGCCUAUUUUAUGUAGACGAUCAGAUGGUAAUUUUUGGAAUUUGGUUCAUGAUCGUCCAAUUCAUCGACGUGUCCUGCAAAUAUUAAUUGAUGCAGGAUUUUACGGGGUCUAUCGAGUAGGACGUAUACAAUUAGACCAUGCUUUUAUUACUUCUCUUGUUGAGAGAUGGCGUCCGGAGACGCAUACUUUUCACCUAAGAGUUGGGGAAGCCACUAUUACGCUACAGGAUGUAGCUAUUUUGUAUGGAUUGCCAGUAGAGGGAAGGCCAGUAUUGGGCAUUGAUAGUACAAGAAAGACCGAAGAGUGGCAGGAUAUGUGCGACGCGUUGCUUGGUUUUAGACCACAUAGUGAUUGUUUAUUUGGUAGUAGGCUUGAGAUUAGUGCACUAGCUACAUACAUGGAGCAACUGCCUUUGCUAGAUGAUGAUGCAGAUGAGGUAGUUGUACAUCAGAGGGCUAGGUGCUAUAUGUUAUGGAUGAUCGGGGGUAUACUGUUUCCUGACACAUCAGGAAACAAGGUUAAGUUAAUGUACUUGACGCUGCUCGAUGACAUCACGCAGAUUGGUAUGUAUAGUUGGGGUAGUGCUGUGUUGGCGUGCUUGUACCGUGCAUUGUGUAGAGCUACCCGGCCAAAAAACAAUGAGUUAUGUGGCUUCAUACCACUUCUACAGGUAUGGGCAUGGGAGAGACUGAAGAUGGUUCAUCCAGACAGACGUCAGGCAAGAGAGGGUGCUAUUACAUUUUCGAAUGAUCUCCCUGGUCCACCACACGCAUGUAAAUGGAACGUUCAUCUUAGUUGGACACAUACGACGCAAUACGUGUUGCCAUUGUUUCGGGACCAGCUAGAUAACCUCGUUGAUGAACAUUUUGUUUGGGAGCCGUAUACUCCAGAUGUGAUGGAGAAUCUUCCCGAGUAUUGCCGAUCAGGAGAGUACUUUUGGCGUGCUGUGGUGCCGCUCCUAUGUUGGGACGUGUUGGAGAUGCAUCAGCCCAACAGGGUCCUCAGACAAUUCGGAAUGGGUCAAGUCAUACCUGUUUCCUGCAAUUUUGCAGACAAUCACGACAUGCAUGAUCGUCGUGGCCGACAAAACACGGAUUGGGCUAGAGAACAUGCGAGGCCCAUACUUGUCUGGAAUGAUCGUGCUAACCGAGUUUGUGAAGCCCGGCUAGCAGAUGGACCCGUUGCAUAUGAUGAUGAUUACCUUGUCUGGUAUCGUCGGAUUACUCGACAGAUUAUCGGAAAUCCCAGUAUCCGAUUUCCAAAAGGGUAUGCAUCCCUUGCACCAGUGGCGGAGGUUAUGGCACGUCAGUUGCAUAUGAUAUAUCAAUAUGGUAUUGAAUUGCGACAACAACCAUCAAUGGAGGUUGCAGGAAGGAAAGUCAUGGAGAUGUGCAGUGAUGGUUUGACAGCAGCAAUCGAGGCUCAGAGGCUUCGUGUUCAGCCAAUGUAUGUUCCAGUUGAGCAGCCUGUAGUUGAUCAUGCUGUUAAUCCACAUAAACGUGGAAGGGCAGGGAGACGCAAAAAGAGACGUGCGAUAGCAGCAACUAAUGUUGAAGAAAGGUCUGAAAUGUCUAAUACAAAUUCGGAUUUGGAGCGUGAUCGUGGUGCAGGUGGUUCUGUUAAGGGUGAUGGAAAUUUAAAUGUUGAAGCUGAGCUUGGUAUGGAUUCAUCACAGUUUGCAGAGCCCCGUUUUGAUAUGGCAUCUAGUUCAACACAUUUUGGGGAUGGGGAUGGGGAUGGGGAUGGUUCUGAAUUGCAUAAUGUUGACAUUCAACUUGUACUUUAUCAGAUCCCACCCUCUCAGCAGUUUGAUAUGAAUAAUUUUGGAGACGGGUUUGAUGAUGACGACAUACACCACUCCCCUGCCCGUCCUGAUCGACAGGUUAACUAUGAUAAUACCCCUAGCCAGAUGACUUUAGAGGCCUCUUGUGUUACAACUAUUGGUUCUGUGGAUGAUAAGCCUAUGGAGCAAGCAAUUCCAACCCGAGGAAGAGGGCGAGCGAGAUUUUAUAAACGUCGUGUUAAUAACAAUGUAGAUGCACCCGGCGACAAAAUCCUGCACACCCUAUAGUGCCGCUACGUUGCUAUAAACCCUAAAGCACCCUAGCAACUAGUAUACACAAAGUCAAACUUCGGGAUGAAGUUAUAUGCAUGAAAGGAAGUGACUUCCUAGAGGGGAUAUCUACCACCUGCACCCUUCGUUUAUAUGCUCAAAUAUUGGAGGAAGACUUGUACAUUAUCUACCCAUGGAUUUCCCAAGUUAGCAUGAAUAAAGCUUGCACAUUUGUUUUAUUCCAUGCUGUGUUGAGUGGGUUUAAAGUUAAUAGGCGAUACCAAUUUUUGGCUUAAAUAGUGAAACAGAUUGCUUUACAUGGCCCUCUAAAAGAAGUUUUCUCAGAUCUAUUCAGUUUGUGCAGGAUACCAGAUGCUUUUAUUGAAGAUUGGAGCUUACAAGGCUGGAAUAUACCUUUUAGGCGAGUGCUGAAUGAUCGGGAGGUGGAUAGAAUUACUGAGUUCUUCAAGGCGCUGGACAUGUUCAAGGGCACAACUGACGCUGGAGAUUCCAUGAUAUGGAAAGGUAAUGGCAGAAAGUGUUUCACACUUAAAUCAACAUAUAAUGCAUUAACUGCUACUGGACAACAAGACACAAGAUGGCCUUGAAAGAAUAGUUGGAAAGCCAGGACUGCUGUUAAAGUGAGAUGUUUCUCUUGGUUGGUAGCACGGAGAGCAUGCCUUACUCAUGAAAACCUGCAAAGAAGGGGAAUACUAUUAAGUUCAAGAUGCUUUUUAUGUCAGGAGUGUGCUGAAAAUGACAGUCAUUUGUCUUACGUUGCGAAGUGACUGGUCAACUGUGGCAGAUUUUCUUGAGCAUGUUUGGUCGGAAACGAGUCAUGCCAGAGUCCACUAUUUAUAUGCUGAAGUGCUGGAACAAAGCGGGAGGCAGUGUAAGGAAUAAGAGGUGGUGGAAAUCUAUCCUAGCAUGUUCCUUGUAUUGCAUAUGAGUUUAUGUUAUCAUGGUAAAUUCCACAAAGCUUCUCAAUAGGCAGCCAGUUGACCUGUUAAAGCAUUCUACAAGGCGUUUCUUUGUUGGAUACAUUAAUUGGUUUUGCAAUCAACAUAUCCAACACUAACUCAAAAUCUGCAAUCUCCUGUAUUGGCUAACAUGUCAUCUCAUGGAUUUAUACCUUAGCUUUCUGAUCUUGGAUGUUUAUCAAUUUUCUCGGCUUUGCAGGCCAGACACAAAUUUCUAGUCUCAACUAAGAGUACCUUCCAAGAAUUGUUCCAUGUUUUGCAGAGGUACUUUGAAACCAGAACCAGCAGUUGCUCAACAGACCUCACACAUCUUCAAUGUCCCAUUUUCCUUGUGGUUA